GCACGGGGGGGUGGAUAGAGGAUUUUGCACAGGGGGGGUUUGCACGAGGGUGGUUUGCACGAGGGGAGGUUGGGCGAAUGGUUUUGCACGAGGGAUCUUGCAUGAGGAUAUUUGCACGAGGGUGGGGUUUGCACAGAGCUUUGCACGAGGAUGGGUUGCAGGGUUGUGGACGAAGGGUUUUGCAUGUGGGGAGUCUUGCACCAGGAAAUUUGCACGAGCAUGGGUUUGCACGAGGGUCUUGCACGGGGGAAUUUGCACGAGAAUGGGUUGCACAGGGUGUUACACGAGGGGAUUUUGCUCGAGGGGGGUUUUGGACGAAGGGAUUUGCGUGAGGGGGUUUUGCACGAGGAAAUUUGCACAAGGAGCAGUUAGCACAAGGGAAUUUGUACUGGGCCAAUGCACAAUGGGUUUUGCACGCAGCCGUUUGCAUGAGGGCACCAGGACUUUUGCACGAGGAGUUUCGCACGAAAACAUUUGCACAUCUGCCCUCCAAUAAUUGCACGAGGAGAUUUGCACAGGGGCAAUCUGCACUAGGACUUUUACACGAUGAUGUUCGCACGGGGAUGUGCAGCACACCCUUUGCACAAGGAUAACCCUUAGCACGAGUCCUUGCACUAAAAAUGCAUUUGGUGAGGGCAUGCCUUUGCACGAGGCCUGGCACAAAAACAGCGUUGCACGUGGCCUUGCACACGAUGGUGCCUCACAAGCACGCCUCCGUCCGCCCCGCAGAGAACGGGCAGUGGGAAAUCGUGCACGGCGCGGCGCUGCAGCACGAGGGUUUGCACGAGGACGUCACCUUCAUCCUCAUCAUCCGCCGCAAGCCGCUCUUCUACAUCAUCAACGUCCUCGUGCCCUCCGUGCUGCUCACCAUGCUGGCCGUCAGCACCUUCUACCUCCCCCCUGACGCUGGCGAGAAGAUGACGCUGUCACUCUUUGCACUACUGACGCUGACGGUUUUCCUGCUGCUGCUGGCCGACAAAGUGCCCGCCACCUCGCUGGCCGUGCCGCUCAUCGGCCGUUACCUCACGGGGGCCCUGGUGCUGCUCACACUCAGCGUCACGCUCAGCGUCGGGGUGCUCAACGUGCACCAUCGUGUGCCCACCACGCACCGCAUGCCGCAGGGGCUGCGCACGGUGAGCUGGGGGGAGGAGGGAGGGGGGUUUGCACGAGGGGUUGGGGGU